AUGCCGUCCACGGCGAACAUAUCGAUGAAGGCUGCUCUGCAGACGCGCGCUUCACUCGCGUGCCAGAAUUGCCGACGCCGCAAGAUCAGGUGCGAUGUUGCGUCGAUGGUGGAGGGCCUACAAUGCACCCCAUGUCGACAAGUUGAUUUAUCCUGUGCUGUUGAUCGCGGUGGUGAUCGACGGAAGACUGGAUCCCGGAAACACGUCGAGACUCUGGAACAGCGCAUUCUGGAUCUUGAACGUGUACUCCAAGGGCAUGCAAAGGCUCUGCCACAAGGCGAGCGCAUCGGAACCACCGUCGCAGACACUACGUUGGAUGAUACAACUGCUCCGACUGUGUCAACUCGGUCAAGCCCGUCUGUGGCGCUACCUGACAGCGCGGAGUCACUCGUCGUCCCUCGCUCAGAGCCUGCAAGGAGGCUGACUGCUUCGAACAAAAGCGGCACCCGUUCGCAGUCGAGCAACAGCAUUCGCGAUUUGUAUGGCAACACGGCCCGUGAUACAGCCUAUGGCGAACACGAGUUGACUACACCCUUCAGCACUUCAGCGCCCAUGAGAAGCCAACCUCAACUUGUGCAAGCCUACACAGAGCCGCACAAUCACAUCAAUCUAGGGCCCGCCGUGGACAGCAAUACGCCUCAAUUAAAGAUCUGGCUUCUCAAGUCGUUCUUUAGGUAUCAACCGUUGGGUGUCAAUAUUGUGGACGAAGAGCUCUUCUGGGAGCAUCGCCAGAGUCGCGCAAUGUCUAUGUGGUAUUCAGACUUUCUCGAAAACGUUAUGCUUGCUUGCGCUACCCGAUUGAGCAAUUCUAGCGCCGUCCGCGUUCUAGGAGAACAUUUCUCAAGUCAAGCGAAAGUCAAUAUCUGUCAGGCAUUGGAUUAUCCUUCUCCAGCAUCUAUGCAAGGUUUCCUGCUACUGAGCGAAUAUGAAGUGACUCAAGGCAGGGAGCGCACCGGAUGGCAGCUCUGCGGGAUGGCUUGUCGAUUACUGCCUUGUGUUGGUCUAUAUCGAGGCACAUCAGAGUACCCCGAGUCGGAGCACAUGAGACAGCAACGCUUUCGACUACAGGGUGCCUGCAUAGCUUUGGAGGGUAUAUGGUGCUUGUACGUUGGGUGCUCAACCUCGAUACAAAGAUCCGUCAUACAGACAGUGGCCACCUCGUGUCAAAGGCAGCAGGGCCGCGACCCAGCGACACUGUCUAUUUGGCUUGGUCUCUGUGGACCAAUGGCUGACAUCUGCGACUUGCUGAAUAGCGAGCGUCCGUUGACUGAGAAUGCAAAGACCCGCCUCUCGCGACUAAAUCUCAGUAUGAGCAGCUGGCUCGAGACACUGCCAGACAGUUUCACCUACAAUGAUGUAUGCAUUGCAGACCUCCACCCGACAGCGUACGAGAUACAGAUGCAGUACAACAAACUCCAGAUCCUCAUACACAAGGCAUUCGGGGACGGCGAUGGACCGCACACCACAUACAAUGCCGUGGUCUAUGAUGCAGCCAUUCGAAUUAUUCGAUUGCUUCUGAUCUACCGACAAUUCCACGAAAGCGGAAAGGUCCGAGUUCGCUCAUACAUGCUUGACGCGGUCAAUAUCGCUCUAGAAACUCUGGUCGAGCAAUACCUUCGAUACCCCAAUCUUAUUCAAUCGCAUGAAGGCGACCUUCAGUGGUUGCGUACGGCCAUUGCUAGUAUGAUCGAGAUUCAGCCGCACUUCCCUGUCAUUGGACGCACUUUGAACUUGCUCAUGGUCACCGUCGAGGGCACCCUGCUGGCACCACUCUUCCGUACGCCGGAGUCCUUUCAGGCCUCAAAUUGGCCACCACUCGAAUCUUUUGCAGCGACCACCGACCAACAGUCCGGCGUUCUUGAGACGUUUGACAACCAUGUAUUGACGACUGUGGACCAAUUCGAACCGGACGAUCAACUUGCAUUGGACGCCUCGCUACUAUCGUGGCCGCAGCCUCAAUUUGGAAUGGAAUGGAGCCUCCCGACCGAGCAGUUAUCAGCAGUCUGA